AUGUCUUCUACGCCGGAGUUGUGGACUCGGAUAUGUUGUGCACUACCCCUGGAGGACCAGCGUGUGACCUCCCAGCUGAAGAAGGCGGGGAGUUACCCAGUCCAUUUGAUAAUCAAACAGAAUCUCCUAAGCAGACGCCAUCCUUCAUCCCUCAUUUCAUCACAUCUUCAGCGACUCAAGAGCCUCAUAAUGACAAAUGUUUUCGAUGGAUACGGCCGCUUUGAGUUGGGCGCAUUGACAGGAGAUGCGCCACAGCUCGAAUGUUUACGAUUGACAAUUAUAAGACGUCAUGAUCGUUUCAUUGGCUUGAAAUCGUGUUUGGAACUGGAGUGUCCCGCCCUUAGGAUCCUUUACAUCGACAAGAAUAUGGCUGAUUACCUCGGCCCCCAGUGGUUGAAGAAUAAUACGCAACAUAUUGAUGUCAUGACCAUUUAUGGCGGCUACUCGAUCGAUAUGGUGGCACCCCUAGCGAUUUUUCGAGUCUUGAAAGCAAUACCACGGCGAAUACCUUGCCUCAUUCUCGACAACCUGCAAUUGUACCCGGCAAGCCAGAGCAUCACAAUCUAUGCAGAGAAAAUUAUCCUGCGCACAUGCAUCCGAGACACUUUGGCUGCGUUCGAUGGCGAUUGUCAAACCAUCGUUCUCCAGGAAUGCGAUGCUAUCCAUGAACUUCGUUGCCUAUCGCUACCCCCCCUCAAACUCAUUGGAGUUGGAUGGAUCAUCCUGUAUCUCCUCGGUGCACCUUUCGCUCGCCGUAGCUGUUGCCUGUGGCCCCGUGUCACCACGCUUAAACUCAUCGCGAAGGGUGAUUUCGUCAUGGAGUUUCCUUUGAUAACGCUGAAGGCAAUGGUCAGCAGCCGGAGGGAGGCUGUGGGACAGGAGAAUUUAGGGAAGGACGGUGAGGAGCUGGACGGCAUGCGUCCGCUUAUGGUGCUUCACGUGCAUGGGGCACAACCUCUUCCAUGUAAGGAGAAAAUGUGGUUUAAGAAACAGGUGAUGGACUUCGUGUGGGACUAG